ACCCUUCCUCUUCCACUUCUCUUCCCCGUCUCGCCACGACGCCACUUCUUCGCCCUCGCCCCCAGGGCAACUUCUCUCUGACGCCCACCAAACGCGAGCACAGCCACACAGCAGUGGGGGACACUUACUCGGGGGAGGGGGGCCGGAGCGAUCGGCGCCGUGGCGGCGAGAUGGCGGCGGCGGCGACGAUGACGUGGCACGAGGAGCUGGCCACGCUCGUGGGGGACAACGGCGUGCGGUUCCCCGGGGCGGGCGGGGAGUCGGCGGCGAAUGUGGCGGCGGUAGGGGGCGGGUGGUACAGAGGGGGGGAGGAGGAGGAGGGGGAGGGUGAGGGGAGGGAGGUGGAGGAAGGGUGGGCGCAGCAGGCCAGGGGGUUCGUGGAGUCGACGGCGGAGAUGCUACGGUUGCUGGGGCGCGGGCUGUGGGACAUCGCGGCGCAGAGCCUCGCCGGCGCGGAGGACAGUGAGCUCGCGCGUCGGCUCAGGGGCCCGGCCGCAGCCGCGGGGAAGCGCCUCAGCUUCAUGAACGAGUACCUCCCUGAGGACCGCGACCCCGUCAGGUGCUGGGUCGUCGUUGCCGCCGUCGCGUUCGUCACGCUCAUCGUAUUAGGUGUAGGGAGUGUUGAUGAUACCCCAGUAGAGCUGCCAAAGAAACUCUACAUAGGUCCUCCAAGUGCCAAAACAAUUCAACUUCCUGAUGGAAGGCAUAUAGCUUAUAAAGAACAAGGAGUCACAGCUGACAGGGCAAGAUUUUCACUGAUCGCUCCUCAUUCUUUUCUUUCAUCGAGAUUAGCAGGAAUCCCAGGAAUCAACCCAUCCCUCCUAGAGGAAUUUGGGGCACGACUUGUGACCUAUGAUCUUCCUGGUUUUGGUGAAAGUGAUCCUCACCCAGGCCGGAAUCUGAAUUCCUCUGCACAUGACAUGCUUCACUUGGCUGGUGCCCUUGGAAUUGUGGACAAGUUCUGGGUUGUGGGAUAUUCUGCAGGUAGCAUUCAUGCUUGGAGUGCUCUUCGCCAUAUUCCUGACCGAGUGGCAGGUGCAGCAAUGUUCGCGCCUAUGGCAAAUCCAUACGACUCUAAGAUGACCAAGGAAGAAAGGCGCAAAACAUGGGAGAGGUGGUCCACCAAACGGAAACUGAUGCACAUUUUAGCUCGGAGGUUUCCGGCCCUGUUGCCUCUCUUUUAUCACCAAAGCUUCCUUUCUGGAAAGCAAGGGCAGCCUGAGAGUUGGCUGUCACUGUCACUGGGGAAGAAGGACAAAACUUUACUGGAAGGUCCUAUGUUCAAUGCAUUUUGGGAAAAGGAUGUUGCAGAGUCUGUGCGCCAAGGAGAUGCACGGCCAUUUGUAGAGGAAGCUGUACUGCAAGUAUCAGACUGGGGCUUCAGCUUAUCAGACAUUCAAAUGCAGAAGAGAGAGGAUCUGAGCUUUUUUGAAUUGAUCAAAUCUCUAUUCAGUCAGGCUGAACGGGAGUGGGUGGGAUUUCUGGGCCCAAUACACAUAUGGCAGGGGAUGGAUGAUCGGGUGGUGCCACCAUCAGUCACUGAAUACGUCAGGAGGGUGGUUCCAGGAGCCACAGUGCACAAACUUCUUGACGAAGGCCACUUCUCAUACUUCUGUUUCUGCGACGAGUGCCACAGGCAGAUAUUCUCCACUCUGUUCGGCAUUCCUCAGGGCCCUAUCAACCCUGUACCAGAACCCAGUGAAGUUGCCUCACAACUCACCGAAGAAACAACAGUACCCGACAAAGUUAAAGAAGAGGAGCAAGAGAUAUCGGGCUUGGCCUGAUCAGCUUCAGGACCAGCAGUAUAGACACGAGACCAUACUACUUAACACAGACAACACAGAAAGAUAGCUUUCGUCGGCUCUCACCGGCGGACAUUAUUGACAGCAGGUGGACCGAGCUGGCUUCUUUUUGCGCUAGUAUUUGUAUAGGCAAAUUCAUGAAGGAUAUAUGCUCCAGUCUGGUGGAUGUGCUGGCUCAUUUCCAUGUACAAAAGGGCUAUUUUCCAAAUUCGGCACGCCGCCUGCUGGGUGCGCUACUGAUAGGAGCUCAGAGAUAGCUAAACACGUGUGAUUGAACUUUCCCCUUACGUUGCAUGUUGUUAGAUA